AUGCAUGGAGUGAAAAGAAGGGAAUGGACUAAAGAAUUGCUAAGGCAAAAACGCGAGAAGGAACGUCAAGAAAUAUUAGAUUAUAGAAGCCUGACUGAUGAAGUGCUAGCUUUGAAAGAUCGUGGAGUUCUAGAUGCAGACUCCCUUCUCAAGACUACACGUCUAUUGAAUGCGAAUCCUGAGCUCAAUGUGGUGUGGAAUUAUAGACGCCAGAUAAUAAAGUCACUUUCGUCUACACUUGACGUGGGUUUUUGGGAUGGGGAACUGAUGUUUACCAUGGAGAAAUUGAAAACUCAUCCAAAGGUGUAUUGGAUAUGGAAUCACAGAGUGUGGUGCUUAGAAAACUACCCAAAUUCCCCAUUAAAAAUAUGGUUAACUGAAUUGGGUAUAUUAAGCAAACUCUUAGAAAUGGAUGCCAGAAACUUCCAUGGUUGGCAUUACAGAAGAUUCAUUGUUAGAAAUCUAGAAAGAAUAAAGCAGGAAAGUCUCGACUCUGAUGAAUUUGCUUAUACUACGAAGAAAAUUAAUCAAAACAUAUCAAACUUCAGUGCCUGGUUCCAAAGAACUGCAUUGAUAGAAAACAUGAUUGAAAGAAAUGAAAUAUCAAACAUUGAUAGCUUUAUUGACUCUGAGCUUGAAUACAUCAAGAAUGCAAUGUUUACAGAUGCGGAAGAUCAGUCGGUAUGGACAUACCUUAUUUGGUUUAUUAGAGAUAGUGCCUUAAAAGAGCAUAUGAAACAGGAGAAAUAUAGUUCUAUUUUGAAAGAGUUCACAGAGAAUAUUAUACUAAUUAACAAUGAUGAUAUUAGCUUCUCUGGUAAGGAAAAUAUAUGGUGUUUGAAAACUUUGUUAGUUAUAGAAGAUAUUCAAUGUAACGUACUUCAUGAAGAUAUACAGCCAAAGUCUAAGGAAUAUCUUGAGAAAUUGAUUAUCAUUGAUCCAUUGAGAAGAAAUAGAUAUAAAUUCCAAUUGGAAUCACUUUGA